GUCAGUCGGGUAUGAGCGUGUGAAAGUGAAGUCGAGUCCGAGCCUCAGUCCGACUUGGGUCAAAAUAGUGCUCCACGGGCUGCGAGAUCAGCCAUAUUAGUGGUCUUCCUACCCGAACCAAGAACUUCCCAAGCAAUCAAUCGCAAUGUCAAAUGUCACAUACCUUCAAUGGGGCUUAUUGCUGUUGCUGUGCUCUGCAACCGAGCCGGCCAACACCCGGAUACGUCGACAGAACCGAUCGGAGAGGCUCUUGGCCGACAUCGGGGUGCACCCCCAGCUAUACAACCCGAAGGCCAAGAACGGCAUACAGCCGUACACCUACAUCGAUCGGAAUCUGCGGCACCUGUUCCUCAACACCAGGCAGUUGACUCUCAAGUGGGCCCUCGGGAACGUCAAAGCGUUGAAGAGCCGGGGCGAAAAGGAGGGAAAGCUCCAGGUCCAGGUGCCGAAAACAGAGCCCUUUCCCUGUCCUCUGAACAACACUCGAUCUAGUAGUCCCCCCACUUCGAUAGAGCGUCUGCGACCCGGGGACAUAGACAUUAUAGCUGCCUUCGGGGACUCUAUAUCGGCGGGCAAUGGGAUUCUCUCCAACAAUGCCCUCGACAUGAUCAACGAGUUCCGGGGGCUGACAUUCUCGGGCGGUGGCCUGUCCACUUGGCGCCGCUAUCUCACCCUGCCCAACAUUCUGAAGAUCUUCAACCCUAACCUGUAUGGGUUUUCCGUGAGCAACAGCUUGGUGGUCAACCACAAAUUCUCCCGGCUGAACAUCGCCGAGCCGAUGGUCAUGUCCCGGGACCUGCCCUUCGAGGCCCGCGUGCUCAUCGACCUGAUGCGCCGCGACCCCAACGUGGACAUGAAGCGGCACUGGAAGCUGCUGACCAUCUUCGUGGGCAACAACGACAUCUGCUCGGACAUGUGCCACUGGGACAAGCCCGAGAGCUUUCUGGACCAGCACGCCAACGAUCUGCGGCAGGCCCUCCGGCUGCUACGCGACCACGUCCCUCGCCUGCUGGUCAACCUGCUGGUGGUGCCCAACGUUCCAAAGGUGCUCAGCACCAUGAGCCAGCUGCCGCUGCAGUGCUACAUAGUCCACCGAGUGGGCUGCCACUGCCUGGUGGACCAGACCCUGAACAGCACCCAGCUGAAGGAGCGGAGCAGGACCGUGCUCCGGAUGCAGCAGUUGGAAAUGGACAUUGCCCGGCAGCCGGAGUUCCAGCGCGAUGACUUCGCCGUCGUGGCCCAUCCCCUGAUCUCCAACAUCCAAGGGCCCAUCCUGCCCGAUGGUUCCACGGACUGGCGUUUUUUCUCCCACGACUGCUUCCACUUUAGCCAGCGGGGCCAUGCCAUCAUCGCUAAUCUUCUGUGGAACAGCAUGCUGCUGCCAGUCGAGCAAAGACCGCGACCCGUCAACAUGCCAGAUCCGUUCGAACACGUGAUGUGUCCCAGCCAAGAGCAGCCCUACUUCGUGGUUAGACCGGGCUAAGAGGGUCGGGCCGGAAUAGGUGAAGGUUUAAGUGUUCCUGGGUGUUUAUGCAAUGCCAUAUCGUGGGGGAAGCACACCACUGAUCCAAGUCUAUUUAUCAAAGCUGGAAUUUGUUAAAAUAACUUAUUUUGUACAUAAACUAGAGUUAGUUGUUAUCGGAAAUAAACUUGUAGUAUA